CUAGAUAGAAAUCUACUUUUGCAGAACUUAACGCAAAUAGAAUUUUACGGCAUAUUGUAUGUGUGUGUGUGGAGGGGGGCACUCUUUUCAUACUCGCAUCAGUCACGUCGGAUGAAGAAUUCCGCUCCACCCUAAACACCAUGUACUCCCACGGAUAGGCUUACGUAACAGCGGUUACAUAGCAUCCUCAAUUUGGACCAAAAUCAUGUGGUGAAACUGACAGACCAGUUGUGAGAACUGACUGCAAGGAUCGGGACUUCGCCACGGCAGACUGGUUCGAUAUUGUAGGCGAACUUGAUCUACUCAAACAGAAGUCAGUGAAUAUGAAGACCAUUUUCUCCAUGUAUCUCAUGCUAUUGAUGGUCAUGGUUGGAUUUCAAGAAUGUGUCUCAACUCAAAGUGAAAUGGUUGCUCCACCAGAGGUUACACAGCACAACGAUACUCUGUACGCAGCAUGCAGAAUGAGACCAAGCACAACACUCGCUGAGGAUCUGCCUAAGGUGUAUGGGCAUGUGCUUUUCAAGCAGGAAUACCCUCAGGGAAUCCUGAAAGUCCUUCUCCAUCUCAAAGGAUUCCCAAAAGAGGGCGUCCCAAAGCUCAGAGCAGUGCACAUCCACCAGUAUGGAGACAUCAGCCAGGGAUGUGACUCUACUGGUGGCCACUACAAUCCACUCAAUGUACAUCACCCCAACCACCCAGGAGACUUCGGUAACUUUGCGAACGCUCAUGGAAGAAUCAAUAUCGAUUCUAACGCAACUCUGUUUGGGAAACUGUCAGUGAUGGGAAGAGCGGUCGUCGUCCAUGAAAAGAUGGAUGACUUAGGACUUGGCGGUGAUGCUGGGAGCCUGCUCCAUGGAAAUGCUGGUCGGAGGCUUGGGUGUUGUGUUAUUGGGAUUUCUUCUCCCAAACUCUGGAAUAAGUAUACUAUAACGCAUAGCAGCAGAGUUUGAUCCAGCUGUAAUAGGCAAGGCUUGAGAAAAGCUUUAGAUGAUGUUAGUUUGUAUUACCCACUAUUUCCUACCCACUUAAAUAAAACUCACAUUCAAACAAAACUGUAAUUCGUGGCAAACAGGUCAACUUACAAUACUCGUAGAUCUAAAUGUAUCUGAGGCAAAUAUAAAUCAGUAGCUCUUGAGUUUUCAUUCUUCACAGUUUCAAUGGCAAACUAUUACAAUGUGCAGCAAUAUAAAAUGCUUUAAGCAUUAUCCAGAUCAUAUACGGUGUAACUGUACUGCUACUCAAUUUUACACUUCCGGAUCCCACCGCUGCCACCAAUGUAACCGGUUAAUUUCUUGCCCGGUGCGGGAUUCGAUACGGGUGUAUUUCACCACAAGGUGACAUCCCUAACCGCUCGGCUAAAGAGUCAGACUCGUUAGCUAGGGGCUCACGUGUCUUAUUAGUAGUUUACAUUAUUAUAUUUCAUAAGUUUUUGUCAGCAUUUUUUUAAAACGUCCUUGUGUUGUGUUCUACAAACAAAGGGGAGAAUGGUUGGCUUAACGUUACAGUUUUCACAGUUGUAACUUAAUAAAAUAAAAUAAAUAUUUUUACAAACCUGUCCAUAUACAACCAGAAUGUC